UUGAGCAAAAUCAUGACGAUAACCAAUUUGGAACAAGUCCAUGCGCCCAUCCACUUCCAGAAAAGGAAAAAGAUACCUGCGGUUUGGAUGAGAGCAGGAACCUCAAAGGGUCUUUUCCUGCACCAAAAAGAUCUUCCUGCUUCUUCCAAGCUUUGGGAAAGCAUUAUGCUCUCAGCUAUGGGCUCCUCUCAGGCAAACUCGCGACAGGUCAACGGAGUCGGUGGUGCUACAUCAACAACAUCUAAAGUAGCCAUUAUUGCGAAAUCAAAGCGGUCAAAUAUCGACGUUGAUUAUACCUUCAUCCAAGUCGCUCCGGACCAGCCGAGAAUUGACAUGACCGGAAAUUGUGGCAACAUUGCAUCGGGAGUUGGACCGUUUAGCCUCGAUGAAGGAAUCGUGAUGGCUCGUCCCGGACAAUCAGAGAUUGAUAUUCGGGUCUUCAACACCAAUACCGAACAGAUCAUUGUGGAAACCGUUCAGGUAGCUCCAGACGGUACCUCUCGAGAAGAUGGCGAAUAUGAGCUUGCCGGUGUGACAGGUACUGCAAGCCCGAUAAAACUUGCUUUUGUCAAACCUCAAGGUAGCAUGACUGGAAGGAUGUUUCCCAGUGGUAUGAAACAGCAAAUCCUAAAUGUGGAUUCCCAAACACAAGGGACAUUUUCAGUACGCUGUAGCCUGGUCGAUGCUGCAAAUCCAUUCGUUCUUGUUGAUGCAUCUUCGCUGCCCUUUUCCAGGGACUCUUUGCAACUAAAAAUUGACGAUAGCGACUUGCUCUCUGUGGUUGAGGAAAUUCGACGCGCAGGGGCAGUGCAAUUCGGCCUUGCCACGGAUACGAAUGCGGCUGGUCUCAUUCGAGGAACGCCCAAGAUCGCAUUCCUGUCGGAAACCACCGGAGAUCUUGAUCAAGCAGACAUUGAGGUUCUUUCUUUCUCCAUGGGAAAGGCGCAUCCGAGCCUUCAGUUGACUGGCGCAGUAUGUAUUGCAGCUGCGAUGGCAACACCCGGUACUGUAGCAUGGGAAUUGGCGGGAGGGAAGAAACUUGAAAUGGUCCCGAAACAUGGAAUGUCCGUUGCAAAUCAAGAUAUUGCAUCGCCUUUGCCAGUGGGCAUUCGACAUCGUUCGGGUAUCAUUCAUACAGAGACUAUGUUGGAGAUGAAUCACAAGGGGGAUGUACAGGUGGAAAGGGUUGCUGUGUUACGGACCGCACGUCGGCUCUUUGAGGGGAAUGUAUUUUACUGA